UAAAUACUGCGCCGGGACCGCAGCGCAGCACUCGAGCGAGCGCGACGCCCGGUGCGACCCUCCCCAGCGCCAGCGCCCUCUGCGAGUUCAGGACACCUUUCUCUGCACCUUCAAAUCCGCACCCCCCCACGGCCUUUCCCUGCACCCGCUCUCCUCGCCGCUCCCCCACCCCAGCACCCUGAGCGCCCACCCAAGGCGGCGCGUACUCGGGGCCGCCGGUCCGGUCCGGUCCAUCAGUCCGUCCAGUCGUUCUGUUGCGUCAGCUCGCGGGAGCCAUGCCAUUCCUCGGGCAGGACUGGCGGUCCCCGGGGCAGAGCUGGGUGAAAACGGCCGACGGCUGGAAGCGCUUCCUGGAUGAGAAGAGCGGCAGCUUCGUAAGCGACCUCAGCAGCUACCGCAACAAGGAGGUAUACAAUAAGGAGAAUCUUUUCAACAGCCUGAAUUAUGAUGUUGCAGCCAAGAAGAGAAAGAAGGACAUGCUAAACAGCAAAACCAAAACUCAGUAUUUCCACCAAGAAAAAUGGAUCUAUGUUCACAAAGGAAGUACUAAAGAACGCCACGGAUAUUGCACUCUGGGGGAAGCUUUCAACAGACUGGAUUUCUCAACUGCUAUUCUUGAUUCCAGGCGAUUCAACUAUGUGGUUCGGCUGUUGGAACUGAUAGCAAAGUCACAACUCACAUCCCUGAGUGGCAUCGCCCAAAAGAACUUCAUGAACAUUUUGGAAAAAGUGGUACUGAAAGUCCUUGAAGACCAGCAGAACAUUAGACUGAUAAGGGAACUACUCCAGACCCUCUACACGUCCCUGUGUACACUGGUCCAAAGAGUGGGCAAGUCUGUGCUGGUCGGGAACAUCAACAUGUGGGUGUACCGAAUGGAGACGAUCCUGCACUGGCAGCAGCAGCUGAACAACAUCCAGAUCACCAGGCCUGCCUUCAGAGGCCUCACCUUCACCGACCUGCCCUUGUGUUUACAACUCAACAUUAUGCAGAGGCUGAGUGACGGGCGCGACCUGGUCAGUCUGGGCCAGGUGGCCCCCGACCUGCACGUGCUCAGCGAGGACCGGCUGCUGUGGAAGAAACUCUGCCAGUACCACUUCUCUGAGCGCCAGAUCCGCAAGCGGUUAAUUGUGUCAGACAAAGGGCAGCUGGAUUGGAAGAAGAUGUAUUUUAAACUUGUGCGAUGUUACCCAAGGAAAGAGCAGUAUGGAGACACCCUUCAGCUUUGCAGACACUGCCACAUUCUUUCCUGGAAGGGCACUGACCACCCGUGCACCGCCAAUAACCCAGAGAGCUGCUCCGUUUCGCUUUCACCCCAGGACUUUAUCAACUUGUUCAAGUUCUGAAUCCCAGCACAUGGAGACACGUCACAGUGUCCCCUGCUGAUCGGAUGGUUGGGAAUACGGUGUGUGGACACUUCAUUUGUAAAUAGUGUACAUUUAAACAUUGGCUCGAAACUCCUGAGACAAGUCAUUGAGAGGACAUUGGAGGAGAGAUGCAGUUGCUGACUGGGGAUUUAAGAAUAUGGACUUCUCUUUAGAAUUGGUAUAUGGAAAAGCAGAAAUCCUGUAAAUAAACUUUUUUUCUAAUGAUUUGCCAGCAAGACUGUAAGGACAGGAAUUCUAUUUCAGCAACGAAAAUGGAACUCUCUGUGUUCACUGAAAUGCCUUUAUAGUUCCCUAGAGAUUGGAAGAAAAAAAGCAAAACUCAAACACAAGAUAGAAUAUUCCUUGUUUACAAUGUGAAAAUUUGCAAAAAAAAAAAGAAAGAAAGAAAAAGAACAG